AAGCGCGUCGAUAGCAAUACGUAUUAUACAUUUACCCAUAUAUGGUACUGAUGUGUGUUAAUAACAGACUUUAUUGAUUUAACUUCGGUGUAAUAUUGGGACUUCAUUUGUCUAUACAUAUUACGGGACAUAAACAUUACAAACAAUGGCAACUACUUCUGAAACACCGAAUUCAGAGCAUAUACAAAUAAAAGUACGGUCACCGGAUGGAUCUGAGGUAUAUUUCAAGAUUAAGAAAAAGGCAAAAUUGGAAAAAUUGAUGUCAACCUACUGCGUUAGACUAGGACAAUCGCCUGAUGCUGUCAGAUUCCUAUUCGACGGUGAUAGGAUUAAAGGUGAUUCUACUCCGGAGGAGCUUGGUAUUGAACAUGGAGAUAUCAUAGAUGCCAUGGUACAACAAACUGGAGGUGCAUCCUAGCUUAUUAGUAUAUGCCUCCUCAUGGUUAUGGAAGAUAUGGAACAUCGCACAUCAUAUGAUUGUCGUACUGGGCGCUUUCUGCCUACAUAAACAGC